GGGUGGAGUGUGGGCUAGGGGGUUGGCGGUGCCGUGUCAUGGAGGCUCAGUCUCUGAGCAGCCAUUGAAGGGGUAGGAACUUCGGGUGUGUGUAUAUGUGUGUGUAUGUGUGUGCGCGCGUGCGUGCGUGUGUGUGCGCGCGCUAGUGUGUAGACAAGGAGGUGGGGGCAGCUGAGUUAGAGUCCCAACUCCUUGGACUCCAUUUGCUAUUCUCUUCUUUCUCCCCCGCACCUAUAUGGUGGUAGUGGGCGUUUAUAUUUGCGUUUCUUUUCAUUCAUUUCCAAAUCUCUUAAAAUUUUUGGUUAGGGGGUAGUGGGAAAGGCAGGAAAGGGAAAGGGAGGAGAGUAGUAGCAGAAGAGCAAGAGGACAUGGAGAUGAAGAAGAGGAUUAACCUGGAGUUAAGGAACAGAGCUCCGGAGGAGGUUACGGAGUUAGUUCUUGAUAAUUGCCUGUGUGUCAAUGGGGAAAUUGAAGGCCUGAACGAUACUUUCAAAGAACUAGAGUUUCUGAGUAUGGCUAAUGUGGAACUGAGUUCACUUGCCCGACUUCCCAGUUUAAAUAAACUUCGAAAAUUGGAGCUUAGUGACAAUAUAAUUUCUGGAGGCUUGGAAAUUCUUGCAGAGAAAUGUCCAAAUCUUACCUACCUCAAUCUGAGUGGAAACAAAAUUAAAGAUCUCAGUACAGUAGAAGCUCUGCAAAAUCUUAAAAAUUUGAAAAGUCUUGACUUGUUUAACUGUGAGAUCACAAACCUGGAAGAUUACAGAGAAAGUAUUUUUGAACUGCUGCAGCAAAUCACGUACUUAGACGGAUUUGAUCAGGAGGAUAACGAAGCACCAGACUCUGAAGAGGAGGAUGAUGAGGAUGGAGAUGAAGAUGAGGAAGAGGAAGAAGAAGAUGAAGCUGGUCCACCUGAAGGAUGUGAAGAGGAGGAGGAGGAGGAGGAGGAUGAAGAUGAAGCAGGCUCAGAAUUAGGAGAGGGAGAAGAGGAAGUGGGCCUCUCAUAUUUAAUGAAAGAAGAAAUUCAGGAUGAAGAAGAUGAUGAUGACUAUGUUGAAGAAGGAGAAGAAGAGGAAGAAGAGGAAGAAGAAAGUCUUCGAGGGGAGAAGAGGAAACGAGAUGCUGAAGAUGAUGGAGAGGAAGAAGAUGACUAGGUCAUUCUAAGACCAGAUUCCCUAAUAUUCCUGGAUGUGCAAUAGAGUGAUCGCAUCUUCUUUGUUUCUCCAUGUAUGAUAGUUGUCCCUACAGAAGAUAAUGUGUAACUUUUUAUAGGAAAAGUGUGGUUUUACUAUUUUUGCCUUAUCAUUCCAAAUAAGAUUUAUUAGUCUGUUAGUGAUUAUAUUGUAUGUAGAGAAAAUUUUUCAUUGACCCCCCCCAAUUGUGAAAUUCCCCAGCAAUUUAUUUAGAAUCUUAAUUUUUCUAAUUCAAACUCAUUGUAUUAGUUAUUUUAGCCCAUAAUUAAAACAUGAUCACUUUUACA